CUCAGAAUAUGACUUGGAGCCUUGUGAUGAUCCCGGCGUCCCUGCCUUCAGCCGAAGAAUUGGUUUUCACUUCGGAGUCGGGGACUCUCUGACUUUUUCCUGCUUCCCGGGGUAUCGCUUAGAAGGUGCAAGCAAGCUUACGUGCCUGGGUGGGGGCCGUCGUGUGUGGAGUGCACCUCUGCCAAGGUGUGUGGCUGAAUGUGGGGCAAGUGUCAAAGGAAAUGAAGGAACGUUGCUGUCUCCAAAUUUCCCAUCAAAUUAUGAUAAUAACCAUGAGUGCAUCUAUAAAAUAGAAACGGAAGCCGGCAAGGGGAUUCAUCUUGGGGCUCGAAGCUUCCAGCUUUUGGAAGGGGACGUUCUAAAGGUGUAUGAUGGAAAAGACAGUUCAUCACGUCCUUUGGGGGCCUUCACCAAGAAUGAGCUGAUGGGGCUGGUCCUGAACAGCACUUCCAAUCACCUGUGGCUUGAGUUCAACACCAAUGGGUCUGACACGGACCAGGGUUUCCAGCUCACUUAUACUAGUUUUGACCUAGUAAAGUGUGAGGAUCCAGGAGUCCCUAACUAUGGCUAUAGGAUCCGGGAUGAAGGCCACUUUACUGACACUGUGGUUCUGUACAGCUGUAACCCAGGCUACGCCAUGCAUGGCAGCGACACCCUGACCUGCCUCAGUGGCGACCGCAGGGUGUGGGACAAACCACUGCCUUCCUGUGUAGCCGAGUGUGGUGGUCAGAUCCACGCCGCCACCUCUGGGCGCAUCCUGUCUCCCGGCUACCCUGCUCCUUAUGACAACAACCUUCACUGCACAUGGAUCAUAGAGGCAGACCCAGGGAAGACUAUCAGCCUGCACUUCAUCGUGUUCGACACAGAGACGGCCCACGACAUCCUGAAGGUGUGGGACGGCCCGGUGGACAGCGACAUCCUGCUCAAGGAGUGGAGCGGCUCCAUGCUCCCCGAGGACAUCCACAGCACCUUCAGCUCGCUCACCCUGCAGUUCGACAGUGACUUCUUCAUCAGCAAGUCGGGCUUCUCCAUUCAGUUCUCAACAUCAAUUGCAUCCACCUGCAACGAUCCAGGUAUGCCUCAGAACGGCACCCGCUACGGGGAUAGUAGAGAGCCGGGGGAUACCAUCACCUUCCAGUGUGACCCUGGGUAUCAGCUCCAAGGACAAGCUAAAAUCACCUGUGUACAGCUGAAUAACCGAUUCUUCUGGCAACCGGACCCUCCUACUUGCAUAGCUGCAUGUGGAGGGAACCUGACCGGCCCAGCAGGUGUCAUCUUGUCACCGAACUACCCACAGCCAUAUCCUCCCGGCAAAGAAUGUGACUGGAGGAUAAAAGUGAAUCCAGACUUUGUCAUUGCCUUGAUUUUCAAAAGUUUCAACAUGGAGCCCAGCUAUGAUUUCCUACAUAUCUAUGAAGGAGAGGACUCCAACAGACCGCUCCUUGGAAGUUUUCAGGGCUCUCAAGCCCCAGAAAGAAUAGAGAGUAGCGGAAAUAGUCUUUUUCUGGCAUUUCGGAGUGAUGCUUCUGUGGGCUUGUCGGGGUUCGCAAUUGAAUUUAAAGAGAAGCCACGGGAAGCGUGUUUUGACCCUGGAAAUAUAAUGAACGGGACAAGAAUUGGCACGGACUUCAAGCUUGGCUCAACUGUCACUUACCAGUGUGACUCUGGCUACAAGAUUGUGGACCCCUCGUCCAUCACGUGUGUGAUCGGAGCAGACGGAAAACCUGCCUGGAGCCGAGCCUUGCCUUCCUGCAACGCUCCCUGCGGAGGCCAGUACACGGGAUCUGAAGGGGUCGUUUUGUCACCCAACUACCCUCAUAAUUACACGGCCGGUCAAAUAUGCCUCUACUCCAUAACAGUACCCAAGGAAUUUGUGGUGUUUGGACAAUUUGCCUAUUUCCAGACGGCACUGAACGAUUUGGCAGAAUUGUUUGAUGGAACACACCCGCAAGCCAGACUCCUCAGCUCGCUCUCUGGGUCACAUUCAGGUGAAACAUUGCCUUUGGCGACAUCAAAUCAGAUUCUCCUCCGAUUCAGCGCAAAGAGCGGAGCAUCUGCCCGGGGCUUUCACUUUGUUUACCAAGCUGUUCCUCGAACCAGCGAUACCCAGUGCAGCUCUAUCCCUGAGCCCAGAUAUGGAAGAAGAAUCGGAUCGGAAUUUUCGGCCGGCUCGAUUGUCCGUUUCGAGUGUAACCCAGGAUACCUCCUUCAGGGUUCCACUGCUAUCCGCUGUCAGUCCGUACCUAAUGCUUUAGCUCAGUGGAAUGACACGAUCCCGAGCUGCAUAGUCCCCUGCAGUGGUAAUUUCACUCAGCGCAGAGGUACAAUUUUAUCCCCUGGCUACCCAGAACCGUAUGGUAACAACUUAAACUGUAUCUGGAAAAUCAUAGUUACAGAGGGAUCAGGAAUUCAGAUUCAAGUGAUCAGUUUUGCCACUGAGCAGAACUGGGACUCUCUGGAGAUUUACGACGGCGGUGACAUGACCUCACCCAGGCUGGGAAGUUUCUCAGGUGCACAUAUUCAGCUUCUGAAUUUUUCUACCGAAGCUAAUCACGACUACCUCGAAAUUCAAAACGGACCCUACCACACGAGCCCUAUGAUCGGGCAGUUCAGCGGCUCGGACCCCCCCUCCACCCUGCUCAGCACAACGCACGAAACGCUCAUCCGCUUCUACAGCGACCAUUCCCAGAACCGGCAAGGGUUUAAACUCGCUUACCAAGCCUAUGAACUACAGAACUGCCCGGACCCACCUCCUUUUCAGAAUGGUUAUAUGAUCAACUCAGACUACAGUGUGGGACAAUCCAUUUCUUUCGAGUGUUACCCUGGGUACAUUUUAAUCGGCCACCCAGUCCUUACCUGUCAGCACGGGAUCAACAGAAACUGGAAUUAUCCCUUUCCAAGAUGUGACG